CACAGCUUUAGACUUGUACAUCAAUCAGCCAUUCAUCUCGCCGAAUGGCACUCCCGUAAUUUCCUUCCAACCCUUCCCAUUUAUAAUCACCCAACGCCGACCCGAAACCGCAAGCCGCAAAUCCCAUGGCCUCCAUCCUCCACAUAGCCCUUCUCUUCACCGUCAUUCUCCCUCCGGCGGUCGCCGCCACAACCAACUCCACUGACUUCAUCCUCCGCAACUGCGCCGUAACCCUCUACCCUCACCUCUGCUACACCUCCCUCAAACCCUACGCACCCGCCGUCCACCAAAGUCAACUAACCCUCGCCAUCGCCGCCGCGAAUGUCAGCCUGGCCAGGAUAAAGGCCGCAUCUUUUCAGGCGGCUAGGCUGCGCAGAAACUGUACAGGCAGGCUAAGCGAGGCGCUGAGCGACUGUGUGGAUUCCCUGAGGACGGCUGCAGAUCUGACUCGGCAGUCGGUGGAGGAGAUCCAGAAGCUCGGACCGGAGGCGAAGGCUGGAGGGCCGGGGUUCUCGUGGGGGGUUUCUAACGCUCAGACGUGGAUGAGUGCUGCUCUCACGAAUGAAGAUACUUGCAUUGAUGACUUUGAUGGCGUCAGCGGCGGGGGGGGGGCGGGGGGGGGAGAUGGACUUAUCAUGCCCAUGAGGUCUACUAGACGUGCAUUGGCCCAUAGAAAUGGAUUUUUUGUACGCAUUGAUGACUUCUAA